AUGCCGUUCUGGCUCCUCGGCUGCUCCGCCCUCGUCUUCGGCAUCAUCGUCAUUGGCGGUCUUACACGCCUCACAGAGUCUGGUCUCUCGAUCACUGAGUGGAACCCUAUCACUGGUAUCCGGCCGCCCAUUACCGACGCCGAGUGGGAUGUCGAGUGGGAGAAGUACCGCAUGUCGCCGGAGGGUAUUAUUAUGAACGCGAACAUCACUCGCGCCGAGUUCAAGUUCAUCUUCUACAUGGAGUGGGCGCACCGCAUCGCCGGCCGUGCCCUUGGUGUCCUUUUCAUCGUUCCUGCCGCGUACUACUGCACGCGCUACAAGCUUCCUCGCGGCCUCCCCGCCAGGCUGUUGGCUCUCGGCGCCGGUAUUGGUGUCCAGGGCCUGAUCGGUUGGCUGAUGGUCGCCUCCGGACUGAAGGAGGAGAUCGUCACCAACAACGAGGUCCCCCGCGUUUCGCAGUACCGUCUUGCCGCGCACUUUGGCGCUGCUCUGCUUCUUUACAUGGGCAUGUUCUACACUGCUCUCGGCCUGCGCCGUGACCAGGUCCUCGCUCAGCAGGUCAAGUCCGGUCCCGCAGGCGCAGCUGCCGUCGACAAACUCGCGGCCGCGCUCAACUCGCCCGCUGUCAAGCGUUUCCGCGGCCUCACUGGUCUUCUGGGCGCCAUGGUCUUCCUUACCGCCAUCUCGGGUGCUUUCGUUGCUGGCCUUGACGCCGGCCUGAUCUACAACGAGUUCCCGUACAUGGGUGAGGGCUUCCACCCGCCCAAGGACGAGCUCCUCGACCCGCGCUACUCCAAAGACCCGGAGCUCAAGGACAUUGUCUGGCGCAACAUGCUCGAGAACCCCGUUACUGUGCAGUUCGACCACCGCGUUCUCGCCGUGACCACCGCCACCUUCCUCGUUGCCCAGCACCUGAUUGCGCGCCGCCCAAGUCUGCGCCUCGGCGCUUUCGCCCUUCCCCGCGCAGCGCAGCGCUGGAGCGCGUGGACUGCCGCUGCCGCCAUGGCUCAGGUCGGCCUGGGUAUCUCCACGCUCAUCUACCUUGUCCCCAUUCCCCUGGCUGCCGCGCACCAGGCUGGGUCCGUCGUCGUGCUCACCUGCAUCAUGGGAUUGGCCGCCGCCAUGCGCCGCCCUGGCCGUGCGCUGCAGGCGAUGCGCCAGGCCGUCAAGGCCAAGCCGCAGCCCCCUAAGGCAUAG